UAAUAUUUUAAAUAAUUUAUUUAUAAUCAUACUUCUUCCAGAGGGAAGAAGUUGGUCUGAGACAAACAUCCUAAAGCUCGAGCUCUACAGCUUACAGCUUAAACAACCCAAAAAUCUGACCCCAGAGAGGGACCAACAUUCUUGCGUGCCCUUGCAUGUCCAGAGUCUCACUCAUUAGCCACCCUAACAUCGGUCAGAUGUUUACAGAAACUUCAUUAGCUUCCAGCCCCAGAAUGAUAAGGAAGCUUGAAAAAUAACAUCAAUGGUCCAGAUAAGAAAAGACGAGCUGCUAUUUUGGACGUCAAGAGCGAUCACUGUUUACUGUACAGAGUAUGGGAGUGAACUCACCACCAAAGGCGUCUGUAUUGGGAAUACCAAUGUCAAUGAUUCUUCUUCAAAAGAACACCAGAACCAGUAAAACCUAGACCAGGCGAUAUUGCGAGAGACUUCAGAGCGAUGGAGGGACUUCGAUACUUGCUGCUCUACCUGUGCCUCAGUCUGGCUGGAUCUUGCAAAGGGAAACCCAUAGAAGAAGACGCAGAUGUUCUCCAAACGCUGGAGGAGGACAUUGAGGACGAGGACAAGUUGAAUUCCAAGCUGGAGAAGUUCUUGGGAACUAUGAAGGAAGACUUUCUGAGGAUGCUGAACUUGUCAGGGGUUCCGCAGGAGCAGAGGAGGGUUCAGCCUCCUCCGUUCAUGAUGGAGCUGUAUAACAAAUAUGCUUCAGAUAAGUCCUCUGUGCCACGGUCUGAUGUCAUCCGUAGCUUCAUCUUGCAAGAUGUGUCCCAACCCACUAUCUACAAGAACAAGACCACACACAGACUACUGUUCAAUGUUUCAGUCCCGAGUUUUGAAGAGGUCACACUGGUGCAACUGCGACUCUUCACGCUGUGGGACGGAGCUCAACCAGUCUGCAAUGACGUUCUCGCGUCCAUCUCCAUUUAUGACGUGGUGCACACGCAGAACCGAGAGAUACUGCACCUUCUGGACAGCAAAGACAUUACACGGGACAUGGAAACCACCUGGGAGGCAUUCGACGUAACGAGCGCCAUCCACAGCAGGCUUCAAUCGAGGUGUGGAGCAGGGGAGCUGGAGGUGGAGGUAGAGAGUGAAGGCUGCGGGUCGUUUAAAGGAGGGGGAUUCAACAUCAGCCUGGAUUUGGAGAAGAACACCUCUCCCGUUCUGAUCGUCUUCUCGGACGACAUCGAGAACAGGAGUGUGAAGGCCAAAAGCGAGGUGAAGGAGAUGAUGACUCACGAAGACGAGAGCUUUCUGUUGAAGGUAGAUGCUCUCGAGGACUCGGAGGCUGAGGUCCAGCUGGACCGACAUCCCAGGAGAAAGAGGCAGGCACGCAAGAACUACUGUCGGAGAACCUCGCUGAGGGUGAACUUCAAGGAUAUCGGAUGGGACCAGUGGAUAGUGGCGCCACCAGAGUACGAAGCCUACGAGUGCAAGGGGGUGUGCUCUUUCCCCAUGACCAAUGACGUAACUCCUUCAAAGCAUGCCAUCAUCCAAUCUCUCAUGCAUCUAAGCAACCCGAAAAAAGCCAACAAAGCGUGCUGCGUUCCGACCAAGCUGGACCCUUUAACUGUUAUGUACCAAGAGAACGGCGUCAUCACUGUGCGGCACCUGUACGAGGAGAUGAAGGUGGCUAAAUGUGGCUGUAGAUAAUGAGAUAAAUGAUCUCAGACCACAUGACCACAUGAACAUACUGACUGUUAACAAUACCUCUAAUGUAAUAGAUCAUCUUACAACAUAUAUGUAUAUAUAUAUAGAUAUACUGACAUGCCAAAUAUCAUCGGAGAUGUGAUUAAUAUUCUCAAGGACAAUUCACAAGGUUUAAGAUGCUGCUGGACUAUCGCGUCUAACUCAAACUCUGAUAAUUCAUGUUGGUCAUUGUUUAACCUCACACAAUCACAAGAUAAUGCCUCACAACUUACAGUUGCAAGAAAAAGUUUGUGAACCCUUUGCAAUUUCUGCAUAAAUUGGUCAUUAAAUGUUUUCUGAUCUUCAUCUAAGUCACAACAAUAGACAAACGCAGUCUUCUUAAACUAAUACCACACAAACAAUUAUAUGUUUGCAUGUUUUUUUUUUUUUAACACAACAUGUUAACAUGUAUGUGAAGUAUUUUAUAAUAUAAUAACUUAUAAUUUGUAUAAUUUAAUAACUGGUUGAUCCUCCUUUGGCAGCAAAAACAUCAACCAAACAUUUCCUGUAGUUGCAGAUCAGACCUGCACAACAGUCAGGAGGAAUUUUGGAUCAUUCCUCCUCACUAAACUGUUUCAGUUUAGCACAUUCUUCAUUCUUGGGAUAUCUGGUGUGAAUUGAUCGCUCUCUUGAGGUCAUGAUGCCACAGCAUCUCAAUUGGGUUGAGGAGGUCAGGCGUAUUUUGUUCUGUUGUAGCCGGUCAGUUGUUGAUUUACUUCAAUGUUUUGGGUCACUGUCCUUUAGCUUACACUUUAGGACUCUUCCUCACCUCAUUGAUCAUUCUGCACUUUGCUCUUGCAGUCAUCUUUACAGGACUUUACCACACCUAGGGAAAGUAUCAACAGUGCUGAACUUUCUCCAUUUGUAGAGCAUCUAUUUUACCGUGGACACAUGAAGAUCAAGGAUUUUAGGGAUACUUUUGUAACACUUUCCAGCUUCAUGCAAGUGAACAAUUCUUGAACAUAGAUCUUCUGAGAGCUUGAUUUUUUUGUGUGAGGCAUGAUUCACAUCAAGCAAUGCUUCUUAGGAACAGUAAACUCAAAACUGGUGUGUGUUUUUAAUAGAGCGGGGCGGCUUUAACCAACACAUCCAAUCUCAUCACAUCCUGGGUCAUUAGCCUAGGGAUUCACAUACUUUUCCAUGCUCACUGUGAAUGUUAACAUGUUGUGUUCAAUAAAAUCAUGCAAACAUAUAAUUGUUUGUGUGGUAUUAGUUUAAGCAGAUGGUGUUUGUCUAUUGUUGUGACUGAAGAUAAAGAUGAAGAUCAGAACACAUUUAAUGACCCAUUUAUGCAGAAAUCCAAGUUAUCACAAAGGGUUCACAUAAUAAUUCCUGCAACUGUAUACAGGUGUGGAUGUUCCAUUCAUUACUUUAUGCAACACAUCAUAAAAAUUUACUUACUCUUCCGUGACUUUUUGGCACUUUUGUCAGUUUGUCUAUAGACAGUCCCCUCCAAAAGUAUUGAAAGAGUGAGACCAAUCCAUUUUAUUUUUGCUGUAGACUGAAAACAUUUGCAUUGGACAUAUGAUGAAUAUGAUGAAUAAGAGACAAAAGAUCAACAUUUCAGCUUUUAUUUCCAGAUAUUUAUAUCUGGAACUGAUACACAGUUCAGAAGCUAGCACCUUUUAUCUUUUAUCCCACCUAAUAUAGGAAUCGACGUGAGCUCCAGGUGCCAUAACUCCAGUUGCUGAGUAUAAUAUGAUAAACCAUAUUCAGCCCAAUUCCAAUGGUGAGGUCCAGCUGAUGCUGCAAUACAUCAGCCAAGCUCUUGGCGAUUCUUUGUAUCUGAAUACAUUCCUUCCAAUCAGAACUGCCCACAGCUUUAAUGUGUAUUUAUGUUAUUUAUGUUUGUUAUAUCCAUAUAAAAAUGCUAAAAUAUAUUAUUUAUGUUUUUUUAUGACACAGCCUAAACCAGGGUUCCUCCCCCACUUCACCUACUCCACCUACUUCACCACUGUAGGCUCUCAAGGCUUUGUAGAAGUUACUAUUCACAGCUAUGCUAAUGAUCCUUAUGACCCUCUUAACCCAGAGUCCUUUACAUCCGACAACAGACUGUGUUCCAAAAGGCUCUCAGCCAAAAGGAAGUGAAGGAAGCAAUGCAUGACCCUCAUCCCUCAUACAGUAAACAACAGCAAGGCUGUAUGUGUGUUUUUGUAUAUGUUUUUAUAUAUAUGUAAGCACAUGCCAUCAUUAAUGCCUGUUGUCUUGUAUUUGUGUCUGCAUGUACUGUAUGUACAGCUUGUAAAUAAAGGGAAAAAAUAA